CUGGGCUGGCACAGACUCACACAGGGAGAGCUGCAGGGAGGGUGUGUAUGUGUGUGGCACAGAUUGCUGGGAUUAGGGAUCUCUGCUGGGCGUCUGUGGACUGUAAAUCUGGAGCAGCACUCCUGAGCAGGUUAUAAUGGACGGUUGGGACUGGAAGUGAACCUGUCUACACAACAGACUUCGUGAAACUCCCUGCGGUUAAGCUGAAGACGCUCCCUCUGAUUCAUUGUCGGUCUUUGGAAACUUUGUAAGCGCUUAACCCCUUUUGGCCGGGCUGUGACUUUCUGGUGGAACAGGAAAAGUAGCGAAGAUGCCAAUCUUAAAGCAGCUGGUCACCAACCCCAAUGCAUCCAAGCGUAGGUCAAGAGCCGACCUCACGGCAGAGAUGAUAAGCGCGCCGCUGGGGGAUUUCCGCCACACCAUGCACAUUGGGAGGUCAGGGGAUGCCUUUGGAGAUACCUCCUUCCUCAACAGCAAAGGAGAAGAACAACCAGAGCCAGAAGAGUCGGUCCCCAAGCCUGGGCUGUUAUCCAGACAUUUCCGGAGCAGCAAACGCUCCCUGUCUGUUACUCGUAGUGACAGAAGGGAUAUGUUAGGAUCGCUCAGGGAUUCUGCCUUGUUUGUAAAAAAUGCUGUCUCUUUGCCCCAAUUAACCGAAAAGGAGAUGGACAGGAGUUCAUCCGGCAAGAAGAUGCCCAAGAGCUUGUCAUCCAGCCCAGUCAAGAAGGGGCCUGAGGAACCGCGAAUAAAUGGAGCGUCUGCCAAAAGCCCGUCACCCAUUCCAGAUCCUGCCCUGGCAGAGAAAGAAUUUGGGGAGCUAACAGAGCUUCCAGAAUCAGCUCCCAAAGGUAGCCAAGGCAUGAAGCAUGCAGAGUCCAUCAUGUCAUUCCAUAUUGACCUGGGGCCAUCCAUGCUGGGAGAUAUAUUGAGCGUCAUGGACAACAGUGGGUGGGAGCAAGACCUAGACCGCAGUCUUGAUGAGAUCGAUGGGAAUGGUAUAGAACAUAGUCAAAGUUCUUUGUCGUCAAGCCACCCAAUGCAUGCUCCUGACCGGGAGAGCAGGUUGGCCACCGCUCAUCCAAGCUCCGGCCCAAAUCACAAGAGCCAGGUUAUCAAAGACAAACGUUCUGAGUCCAGAGGUACCACAGGGGGCCCGGGUGAAAAACAGAGGAAAGGGAGAGACUUUUCUUUCAUGGACGAAGAAGAAGAUGAGAUCAGAGUGUAGAAAUGGCUGAUGUAUCCCAUAGCCUCUAUUGAACAGAGAAGCUGCCCAAGUAUAGAACAUAAUGGCUCAAGACCCCGAGCCCAGAACACUGGGACUGUUCCGGCAAUAACCCUUUCUAGUGUCUGCCUCAUGUGCUCUUCCUUGAACUGAGAAUGGAGUUUUAUAAGCUAUUUGAGAUGUUUAAUGGCAAUAAGGCACUCCAUGGACAGGAUCUAGCAACCGAGAAGACUAUUCAGUGGCUAUUUAGAAUCGGUAUGGGGACUAACCAAGAGGAAGUAUUUUUUUUUUUUUUUUUCCUUUCAUCCACCAAGGCAAAUAGACAAAAUAAAGUGAUGCCAUAGAUGGAUCCAUCAACAAAUGAAGCUGAGACCGGUCAUGUGUGAUUGUAAUCCGCACGGCGAGAGAAAGGUUUGGUGCCGCAUCAUGCGUUGCACCUCAACAGAUGUCAUGUUUGAGGUGGGAAUCCAUCACUACCACCAGUGGGAUCUCUUCGAGUAAGACUCCCUCCAAAGGAAGCCAGCAAAUGUUCAUUCAUUUUGUUGUGAAUUUUAUUGGGAUUUUUGACUGCCCCCCCCAAAAAAA